UGUGUGUGGAAACAGGCACCUGUUGUCGCAGGCAAACACAUGGACCAAAUCUGAGAGCAGUGAGGAUCGCAGUAGUUGUGUCUUGCUGCCCCCUUGUGGCUGCGUUAGGAGGUUGCAUGACUGUGAUGUCAAGUGUGAAAACAUCCGCCAAGAUGUGUUGCUCAAGUUUUCUCAAAAUGAUGAUGUUCAUCUUCAAUGGUGCCAUCUUUGUAGCAGGUGCUGCCGUCCUUGGGCUGGGCAUUUGGGUAAAAGUGGACAGCAACUCCUUCAUGGGACUCGUGGAUGGCGUGGAGGAACUUCCGUCGGAGAUUUCGCAGGUGGCCAACGUGGGCUACCUACUGAUCGGCGUGGGUUCCGUGCUGGCGGUUAUCGGCUUCCUGGGUUGCUGCGGUGCCGUCAAGGAGAGCAGGUGCAUGCUGCUGACGUUCUUCAGUAUCGUGCUGAUCAUUUUCCUUAUUGAGGUUGCCGCUGCGGUGGUGGUGCUUGUUUUCAAGGACUUUGCAGAAGAUAUCUUUAACAGUCUCGAAACUGAAAUCCACAAGAGCCUCGCUACCAACUACGGAGAAGACGAGACCUUGACGUCACUGUGGAAUUCCACUAUGGCGGCGUUCCAGUGCUGUGGAUACAAGAACUACACGGAUUUCGACGGCUCCCCCUUCCAAGAAAUGAAUGGAAACUUUUAUCCAUCACAGUGUUGCGGCGGGACGUCAAUCGGCGAAGCGUGCAGCCAGUUGUCGGCGCAAAUCGCCGCAAACCUGCAGUUGGUGGAUGGCUGCCUCAACAAGCUGCUGCAGUUCAUUGAGGAAAACACGCCCAUCGUUGCAGGCGUGGCUCUCGGAAUCGCCGCUCUUGAGAUGGCUGCCAUGGUGGUUUCAAUGGUUCUCUACAAGGAUAUUGGCACUAAAUGAUCACUUUUUAUUUGAUGAAAACAGAUGAUAGUUAUUUAGCUUGUGUGUUGUUUCCAAUGAGUAAAGCUGGUUAGGCCAAAACUGACAAAAAAAAAGCUAGCCUGUCUUUUCGGUUUGUGAGUGUCAGUGAUUGACAGGGAUUUAUUUGUAUUUCAAUGGCUGUCAGGAACUGCCAUUGUGCACAUGGAUUCAUUGAUCCUGUAAUAUUAAAAUAAUCAAAAAAAAAAAAAAAAA